GGCGGGUUUUCUCCGUGGCUCUGUGAUCCCUCAGCCCUCCCCUUCCCCGGUGUUUUCCCGGCUCCGGAGCCCGAUCCCGGCAGAGGAUGAGGAGGUUCAUUUACUGCAAGGUGGUGCUGGCCACGUCCCUGCUGUGGGUGCUGCUGGACGUGUUCCUGCUGCUCUACUUCAGCGAGUGCAACAAGUGCGAUGACAAGAAGGAGAGGUCCCUGCUGCCCGCCCUCAGGGCCGUUAUUUCCCGGAACCAGGAAGGGCCAGGAGAGAUGGGAAAGGCUGUGCUCAUUCCCAAGGACGAGCAGGAGAAGAUGAAGGAGCUGUUUAAGAUCAACCAGUUCAACCUGAUGGCCAGUGACCUGAUCGCCCUCAACCGCAGCCUGCCCGACGUGCGGCUGGACGGCGUCAUCAACCGCUCGCCCCCGCGCCUGCUCCGCGAGAUCAUCCUGGUGGACGACGCCAGCGAGAGAGGUAAACUCUUGAACUUCCCUUAG